GCGGAUUUUGUUUCCCUAUGUGGCAUGUGCUUUGUCGUACAUGAGUGUAGCAUGCGUCUUAAUCAAUUCAAUAGAGGCAACUUCAGUUUGCGGCAUCAUGUCUUUACAAACGGUUGCGGCGGCUGCAUAUCUGGUAAUAGCUUUGAAUAGAAAAAAGAAAAGAAGGAAGCCAAGGUGGUGGAGGAGACAAUUAUAUGUUGGUGGUCAAGAAGCACAGAAUGACAUAAAUUGAUUGCUGACGAUCAAGCUUUAUUUCGAAAUUUUACUCGAAUGAGUCAAGAAGAUUUUGAAUACCUAUUAGAGAAGAUCUCACCGAUUAUAAGAAAAUCUGAUACCAACUUUCGUGAAGCGAUACCAACUCGUAUUAGGUUAUUAGUAACAUUAAGAUAUUUUUCUACCGGCGACAGCUAUGCAUCACUUAUGUAUCUGUUCCGGAUAUCUGUACCAAGCAUUUCACGAAUUAUUCCAGAGGUGUGCAAAGCUCUAAUCGAUGUCUUACAUGAUUUUGUUAGGAUUCCCGACACUGAAGAUGGAUGGAAAAAGAUAGCAAGGGAUUUUGAAGUACUCUGGAAUUACCCACACUGUAUUGGAGCGUGUGAUGGGAAACACAUCGUCUUGCAAAACCCAAAAAACAGUGGCAGCUUAUUUUAUAAUUACAAAGGAACUUUUAGCAUUGUUUUGAUGGCAGUUACAGAUGCCGACUAUAAUUUUAUAUACGCCAAUAUUGGUUGUCAAGGCAGGAUAUCUGACGGAGGUGUAUUUCGAGAAACAAUAUUUUAUAAAAAGUUGGCAAAUAAUAAUCUAGCAUUACCGGCUCCGGAGUCACUUCCUGGGAGCAAUAGAUUAUCACCUUAUGUUAUAUUGACGGAUGAUGCGUUCCCUUUACAGGAACACAUCUUGAAACCUUUCAGCGGCUACCAUGACAAAGGCUCCUGUGAGAGGGUCUAUAACUAUAGACAUUCACGCGCUCGCAGAGUAGUGGAAAAUUCUUUUGGAUUGCUAGCAUCAGUGUUUCGUGUCUUUAGGAAACCACUUAUGGUGCAUGUGGAGAAUGCUGAAAUCAUUACAACAACAUGCAUUUAUCUUCAUAACUUUUUGAGAAGAAGUAAAACGUCGAGACCACUAUAGUACUAUACUGUCCUCAGGGAUCAUUUGAUCAUGAAACACAAGAUGGAAACAUUAUCCCAGGAUCAUGGAGGGUUACUACCCAAGGCGACAAUGGCGUGCUGAAUUUACAACAUAGAGCUCGAAGGUCAACUUUUGAAGCUAAAGAAGUUAGAAAAGAAUUUAUGAGAUUUUUUACAUCAGAUGAAGGGCGUGUGCCUUGGCAGGAUUUUUAUGCUUAAGCUUUAUACCUAUUAGUACAAACAUAAAUACCUAUUGUAAUUGAAUAUAUGUUUUCUUGAAAAUAUUUACGAUUGUAGUCUCACUAGAAACCAAAUCGGGAUUUUUAUAGAAAACUAUACAUGUGCAAAUGUUGAAAAUGUAAUGUAAAAAAUUAUGUACCUAUAGUUUUGCUAUAAAAAGAUCGAUUUGGUGCUGGUGCGACCCUAUAUUUUAGUGCAAAAAAAACUCACCGCAGAUUCCUCUCCGUUGUCGCUGGCCGUUGAUGUUGUUCGUCUAUGUUUAUCGACGUCUAGUAAAAAACUCAAAAGCUCAAACGCAAACCAUUGGCCUUUCGUGAGAGGAGAUGAGCCACUUUUCUUUGACUGUAGCUUUUUUCUUUCACGAUGGAACGCGGAACGUAGAUUUUUGAUUUUAUUUUUCACUUCAAUCACGGUACAUUCGUAUUUCGUCGCUAUUUGUUUUAACUUAUCAUUUUUAAGUCUGUUGUCUUUAUAAGCAGCAAUUUUAUUAUUCCAUAAUUCUGGAGAAUUGUGAUAAUCUUCAAUAAACAAAGUUGUUUUCUCUAUAGUCCACUCCAUGUCGCAAACUACAUGUAGCACCGAACCGAUGGCUAUCGGAUAAAAGCCGACAUCGUUCGACACGCUGAAUCUUGUAGAAAGCUGACGCAUGCGUCUGGA